UAUGCUGCAGUUUCCCUCGCAAUUCGAGGAUUCAAGGAGUUGAUCUCGAGCUAGUCGGGUGCACUGCCCUUGAAAUCAGUUUUGUUUUAAGUUAUUUUUAUUUAAAAGUUUUAACAAACCACUAAAAUGUUUGAAGCACGUUUAGUAAGCAGUGCAACCUUCAAGAAAAUUCUGGAUGCCAUCAAAGACCUUCUCAAUGAAGCCUCCUUUGACUGUUCAGAUUCGGGGAUCCAGCUUCAAGCCAUGGACAAUUCCCAUGUCUCUCUAGUGUCCCUUAUGUUGCGAUCUGAUGGUUUUGAUAAAUACAGGUGCGACCGAAACUUAACAAUGGGCAUGAAUUUGGCUAAUAUGGCAAAAAUAUUUAAAUGUGCAAACAACGACGACACUGUUACAAUCAAAGCCCAAGAUGAUGCCGACAUCGUGACCUUUAUGUUUGAAGCCAAAAAGCAGGAAAAAAUCUCUGAUUAUGAAAUGAAACUAAUGAAUUUGGACCAAGAGCAUCUUGGUAUACCUGAAACAGAUUUCUCUUGUGUUAUUCGCAUGCCGUCUGGUGAAUUUGCUAGAAUAUGUAGGGAUUUGGCCCAAUUUGGAGAAUCUAUCAUGAUUUCCUGCACAAAGGAAGGUGUUAAAUUCUCUACUGGCGGCGAUAUUGGAACUGCAAACGUGAAAAUCGCCCAAACCAAUAACUUUGAUAAGGAAGAGGAUUCAGUCACAAUUGAAAUGCAAGAACCUGUAAGCCUAACUUUUGCCUGCCAGUAUUUGAAUUCCUUCACUAAAGCUACUCCUCUGGCACCUCAAGUUCAGUUGUCUAUGUCGGAUAAUGUACCACUUGUAGUUGAGUACCAGAUUCCAGAUCUUGGUCACCUGAGAUUCUAUUUAGCUCCAAAAAUUGAAGAAGAUGAAAAUUAGUUUAAAUUUACUUAAUUUAUGGCCACUAAAUAAUUAUAUCUGUAAUUCAUACCAGUUAGUUUUCAUUUCACUAUUUUCAUAUAUUCUGUAUUUUAUGUAACCUUGAAAGGGAAAUAAAGCACUAUUUCUUU